AUUAGAUGUGUAAGCGUCGAUUCGCCAAACGAGAUGCAACAGUAGUUCAAAACAACUUCGCGUCAACAAACGUUCCCGUGCCGGUUCUAUCACAAUGUACAUCCUAAAUACGUUAAUUUUACUCUCCAUUUCCGCGGUUCUCUACGUUUACUGGUACUUUAAAAAAGCACAUAAGUUUUUCGAUCAAUGCAAUGUGCCUUAUCCCAAACCACAUUGGUUUUUCGGUAACAUGAAAGAUAUGAUCACGAAGAAAAAAACAAUAUGGGAUGCCUACGGAGAUGUAUAUGAAAAACACCCUUCGGACAGAUUCUUCGGCGUGUACACCUUACACAGGCCAGCUGUUGUUAUACGAGAUCCGGAAUUAAUUAAGGCUGUUUUAGUGAAAGAUUUUUCCCAUUUUCACGAUCGAGGAUUUCCUGUAAAUAAGGAGGCCGAACCGAUGUCCAUGAAUUUAUUCAACAUGGCAGGUGACGAAUGGAGAAAUCUAAGAAUAAAGCUGACAAGUACUUUUACCAGCGGUAAAAUGAAAAUGAUGUUUCCGUUGUUGAAAAAAUGUGCCGAAGAUAUCAAACCGAUGCUGACCAAACACUACCAAGAUGGCGAGGAUUUCGAGGCGAAAGACUUCUGUGCAAGAUUCGCGACAGACGUAAUAGGCAGUUGUGCUUUUGGAGUAGACACACAUUCGAUAAAAAAUCCUAACUCGGAAUUUCGCCAAGUGGGCAGAAGUGUUUUCAAACAAAGGUGGCAGACCUUAUUUCGUAUGUUUUUCCCCAACAUUCCGACAUCCAUGAUAAAACGCUUGAAAUUACAAUUUUUCGACGAGGGAAUUUGUAAUUACUUCGAGAAAAUCGUCAAAGACAUGGUCAAGUACAGAGAAGAAAACAACAUCACUCGAGGCGACUUCCUGGACAUACUCAUUGCUAUGAAAAACCACAAAGAACUGGAAAAACUCAAAGAUCAGCAAGCCGAAGCAGACUUGGCAAAAUUUAUGGCUCAAAUAGGCAAUAAAAAAACAAUCAAAAAUGAUGUGGAAAUGUCCAUCGAAUUAAUCGCCGCUCAGUGCUUUAUAUUUUUCGUUGGAGGAUUUGAAGGUGCCUCCAAUACAUUGAUGUUUACUUUAUUCGCGUUAGCUGAAAAUCCACAUAUUCAAAGUAAACUGCGUGAAGAAAUAUUGUCCGCUUUAGAAAGUAACGGAGGCGAACUCACCUACGAGAUGAUGAAAAAUAUCCCCUAUUUGGAAAUGGUUAUCGAUGAAACAUUGAGAAAAUUUCCCUCUGGAGCACUUUUGUUUCGCACAUGUACCGAAAAUUACAAAAUACCAGAUUCGGAUGCAGUAAUACAAAAAGGAACCCAAGUAAUAAUUCCUACAAUAGCACUACACGCUGAUAAAAAAUAUUACGAAAAACCAGACGAAUUCUAUCCCGAGCAUUUCUCUGCCGAAGCGAAACUGAAUCGUCAUCAUUUUGUGUUCCUACCUUUUGGCGAAGGGCCUCGAGUUUGUAUUGCUGAAAGAUUUGGAAGAAUGCAAGUUAUCGUGGGAUUAAUUUACCUAUUGAAGGAUUUCUCGUUCGAAUCAUCUCCCAAGACAAAGGUACCAUUAGAAUACGAACCUACAGGAUCAAUAUCCAUAAAACGAGGAAUUUGGUUGAAAUGUCGACCACUGUAAUCUUCGAGCAGACUUUCGAAUUGUUUAUUUAUUUCCCUUUCACCAUUUUUGUACUUUUCGUUGAAAUAUAUAUUACUACACCUACACUUGAAAUAUAUAUUACUACACCUACACAAAA